AUGCGCACCGCCAGGUGUCAUGUCAGGGAUCUUUGGGAAUGCUGGAAAGGCCAUGUGUCCUACCAUCGUCAGGUACGGGAGCUGCGCAGACUAAGCAAUCACAAGCGGCGUCAGCUUUGGAGCGAGCAGCUUGAGCGAGCUGAGGCUGCUCUGGACCGGAAUGACAGUCAUGCUUUCUAUAAGGUAGUCAAGCAGUUGGCACCACGACAGCCCAGGGAGCGUGUGCAGCUUCGGGAUGACCACGGUGCAGUGCUGUCGGUUGAGGCCGAGCAGGAUGCCAUGUUGCAGCAUUGGACCAAGGUGUUUGAUCAUCGUAGCAUUCCUGUUCAGGGCUGGGUUCUUUCUGAAGCCUUGGAUGUCAGCUGGGAUGAGGCGUGUCAGGCGAUGCGAAAGUUGUCGGCACGUAAGGCUGUUGCGCCAGGCUGUGCGCCGGGUGCGGCUUGGAAGUAUGCGCCGGAUGAGGUGGUAGAUUGUCUGCAAGCAUACAUGCAAGAUGUCUGGUCUCAAGGGGUGAUAGACUUGGAUCCUCGCUUAGCUAGGGCGUGGUUGCACUUUCUGACCAAAGCCGGUCGGUUGUGUCGCAAACCAGGCGACUUGCGGCCCAUUGCCCUCCAGCCGUCAGCUGGUAAAGUGCUGAGUAUUGUACUGUGUGCCAGACUCCAACCACAUGUCGAUGCGCUGGCACAGGCAUGGCCUCAAUUUGCAUACCUGCAGAGACGAGGCACCUCUGAAGCAAUCACUCGUGUUGUUGCCCAUUGCAGUGCCAUUCGGGCCCAGCUAAAGGAGCAACAGCGGGACAUUCAUGCGAGGCAUGCUGGGGUCCAAGUUAAACCCUUUGUCGGAGGGGCUCAACUGUCAAUCGACAUGAGUCAAGCCUUCAAUCUCAUCCCAAGGGCGGAGAUGUGGCGUGCCUUGAUCUGGGCUCGUGUUCCGGAACCGCUUGUCCAGGCCAUUAUGCAGCUCCAUGAGUGCAGCAGCUACCAGUUGGGCCGCCCAGGUGAUGAAGAUACGGUGCCUCUCCUCAAGCUUCAGCGUGGUGCACGGCAGUGGUUGGAGCGCCAUCAGCAGGAUCAUCCGUUUCCCUGUUAUGCUGUUGCUGCGGUUUGUGCGCGCGCUCAGUGUGUCCUUGCAGAGCUAUCUACGCUGCAGCCCAGACGGCACAGGUCUUCGGGUCAACCGGCUCAGGAGGGCUCGCAAGCCCCUGAUGGGACUCAGGCCUCGCAUGCAGCUGCCACUUUGGUUGAGCUGCCGUCCAUGCAGUCGGUCUAUGAAUGUCAGGAAUGUGGACAGACCUUUCCCACAUUACACUUGCUGAAAACACACGAAGGAAAACGUCACAAGCUGCUGGCACCAGUUCGUCAUUUUGAUGCCACGGAUCGGGCCUCAUACUCCAAGGAGGGGUUGCCCAUUUGCCGGUUCUGUGAUGCCAAAUUCACGAAAUGGGGUAGUCUCCAGAGGCACCUGAAGCGAAAUGGUUGCCCGGCACUUCGCAGGCAGGCUGACCGAUCUGAUGAUGCUCCCUCUGUUGCCGCUGCUCUGCCCUCAGUUCCCUCGGUGCCAUCGGCUGCCUUAUGUGGGGUGCAGGAUUCUUCAGAACCUCAGCCGGUUCUGAAUGCAGGUGCUCAACCGAAGACCUCGAUCUGGCAUAGCAUGCCGCAGAUUGAAACUGAGUCUCCGGAUCAGCCUGUGAUACAGUGGGCCAAUGUGUUGGCUUUGCCUGCUCCUAGGCGAUGGACCGAUCUUGUAGCUGCAAGCAGUGGGCUCGAUCGUGCGUUAGCCCGUGUUCAGUUUGUGGAGCGAGCGGAAGCAGCUCAGGCGUCAGCUCAGGCGUCCGUCCUAUUCGGACAUCUGCUACCGGCAGCCUCGAAGCUAGCGGAGAUAGCGGACAUGGAUGCGGACCUCCGCAAUGCCAAACGGCCCAGGGAGAUUGCCAAGCCGAAAGCUCCCGGACCCAGGAAGGGGAAUCCUCAGGGCGGCAAAGGCCGCGGUCGCGGUCACCGACAGUGGGGCCGGGGAGGAGGGCAGGGACGUACUUCCUUGGAAGAAUUGGUGCGCCUCAUGGCGCAGGUUCUACUUCGGCAAGGAGAUCAGUUACAGCGCCUGUCCUUAGACACCGGAUUCUUCCUGAUUCUUCAAACCCCUCCGCAACCAGGCUCGAUCACCAACACGAUGUUUCGGGUCACUUCGGCUUGGAAGAAGAUGAUGAAGGAAACCCCGGAAAAGCUCGACCGGCCUCUCCGCCAGAAUAUGAUCGAAUGCCUCUUCCUCGAGCUUGCGGCACGGGCUCAGUUGGUUCGGAAGCCGGAGGCGAAAGCAGAGGCACAGCAACUGGGCAUCAUCAACGACAAAGGCGACUGGAACUACCGGAUCUGGAACGCCACGAGCCAGCAGUUGGAAGUCGACCAAAAGCGAAUGCCCCUGAAGGCGGACACAUUCCUGGAGCAGAUCGACAAAGCCACGGCGAUUGUGCGCCGACCGGAUGUGAUCACCCGCUUUCAGGCCAUUGCCCCACUCUCGGAGACGACGGAGAACGCCAGCAUUCCAUUUCUGUUGGACCUCAGUCUGAGGGAGCAGGAGCUUCACAACAUCAUGUUGGAGUGGUGCGAGCUGGCGGUCUUCGAACUGCUAGCAGGGCGACUUCGUCGCGCAAGGCUCAAGCGUCCCGCGCAGCUGGAGAAACUUCAGGAGCUGUUGAAUGCACUCUGA